AUGGAGAUGAGAAACUCGUGUCAGAACGGCCUGAUGCCGGCGCUGAUGCGUCCCACGCUGCCCAGCAUCCAGGCCGCUCUGGGCAUGAAGCAGUUCCUGCCGUUCCCGCUGGAGACGGCCUCGGCGAUCAGCCUCUUCCCGGGAUUCAACACGAUGGACCCGGUGCAGAAAGCCGUCCUCCAUCACACCCUCGGCCUCCCGCCCACCGCCAAGAGGAGGCACGUCUCCUGCAGCGUCUGCCAGCUGAGGUUUAACUCGCAGAGCCAGGCGCUGGCCCACUACAAGGGCACCAAACACGCCAAGAAGCUAAAAGCCCUGGACACUCCCAAGACCAAGCUCAAAGGCUCCCUGGUCACCAAGGAAACCAGCAUCCAGGAGCUGGUCAAGGGCAUCAACACCUCGCAGGUCGCCAACGACAGCAAAGAUCUCCUCCCUGAUGCUGUGGCCCUCCCGCUGUCCCCCGUGCUCAGAACAGCUCAGCUCUUGGCGACCCCGAUGAUGCCGCCAUCAUUGGCGCCGGCGCCCGCGACCCUGCCGAUGGUCCCGAGCAGCGCGGCAGCAACAGCCCCGGACUCUCCCUCAGCCGCCGGGGGGGAAGAGAAGCAGCUGAACCUCAACUCGCCCUCAGAACCCGACCUGGAGCCCGAGGCCGAACCCGAGGCGGAGACGGAUCCGGAGUCGGAGCAGGACAAGGCCCAGCGGCUCCUCUACUGCUCGCUGUGCAAAGUGGCCGUCAACUCGGCGUCGCAGCUGGACGCUCACAACAGCGGUACGAAGCACAAGACGAUGCUGGAGGCCAGGAGCGGCGUGGGCUCCAUCAAGUCCUUCCCCCGGCCGGGAGUCAAGAGCAAAGUUGCCACGGUGACCAAGUCCGCGACGGGUCUGCAGAACAAGACGUUUCACUGUGAGACGUGUGAUGUGCACGUGAACUCAGAGACUCAGCUCAAACAGCACAUCAGCAGCCGGCGCCAUAAAGACCGAGCGGCAGGUAAACCAGCCAAACCCAAAUACAGCCCCUACAGCAAACCGCAGAAAGGCCCGACCAAGCAGCCGAUCACAUUGACCUUGGGGAAGGAGCGCCCGUGCCAACCUCUGACCCAGAUGCUCCCGGCUCACCUGGCAGCCGUGGCCGCCGCCAUCAGCAACGCUUUCACCCACCGCACCAACCACGCCUCGAACCUCGCCCAGACCCCCUCCCUCUUCCAAACACAGUCCCUCCCUGCUGCUCUGCUCCGCCCCGCCCCCGGGCCUGUCAGGACCUCCCACCCACAAAUCCUAUUUGCCCCUUAUUGA